CAAAAAAUGGCCGCUGACAACCACACAAGUCACCGUGUCGCCAUUGAAUAGCAUGGAAUUAAACCUUCUUCAGUGUAUAUGUUUUGUUUUGUGCGUGUUGUGAGUUCACACUUCACAGAGAAAACUUGUGGAUACAACUGGAAAAAACAGUGGAUACAUAUAUCCUAUAUAUUAAGAUUAACUGCAGAAAAUAUCUAUGCUUCUAAACACUAAAGGAUUGCUUUUACCCACUUUACUUUUGGGAUUGUUUCGAAGAUACUCUGCAACAGUAACUGCCAAAGAUAUGUCAGAAGAUAUCUUGCUGAGUGGUACAAAUUCCUAUUGCAGUGGAGAACACUCGGUGGCUUAUGUCACUGCUCCUUCACAAGAAGUAGCUAAGAAAAUCGCCCAUGGCAUAGUGGAAAAAAAGCUAGCUGCUUGUGUUAAUAUUGUCCCAGGUAUAACAUCUGUAUACGAAUGGGAAAACAAAAUUAAUGAAGAUUCAGAGGUCCUGAUGAUGAUCAAGACGAGGACGUCUAAAGUGAAUCAAUUAACAGAGUUUGUGAAGGCAAAUCAUCCAUAUACUGUAUGCGAAGUUAUAUCACUUCCAAUCCAAAAUGGAAAUCCUGCAUAUCUAAAGUGGAUUAAUGAUGUUGUUCCAUCAACAUAAACUUUUGAAACUGUUAAAUAGAACUCUCAUUCAUGUAGUCGCAAUCAUAUAAAUAAUUUGCAAAUCCAACAAUAAAAAAAUGAAAUGUGUUAGUCUAUAUUUGUUAUUAUAUUCUCAGCACAUUACAGUUUAUGGCUUGACACUUUUGCAUCUCAGUUUAUCCAGCGGUUAUGUUGUUUGGAGUGAAUUACCUUUUUAUUUACACAUACAAAUCUAAAAGAGAAAAUGACUGGCUGUAUAGUUCUACACAUUAAGUUGCUUAAACCAUUGUUUAUUUUAAUUUCCACUGUGAAAGAGAUAGAUUUACCGGAUACCAAUAUAUUAGUUAUUAUUGUAUUCAGUCAUUCAUUUCUGUCGGUCAUAUCCUUGGCUAAAGCAACCGCGAUACCCCUCAGACCGAUUCGCAAGGCUAGUGAUCCAGCACUCAUGCAGA